AAGAACGUGAGCGAUCCGCGCAAAGAAAAGGUUGGCUGAAAGUAGAGAGAGAGAAAAAAGUUCUCUGUUUCGAGACGUUAACGGAUUUCAAACUCUACUCCUCGCCGGAAUUUAGGAUUCCAUUUCAAGUCCGGCGUUAGGUUUUCUAUUUUCCAUUGUUCAAAUUCUCGAACAGAGAGAAACAAGAAACGGAAGAAAAAGUUAGGGGUUUUAUUAAAAUAAAUUUCCAUAAAAUUUGGGAAUUCUGGAAUUAGAGGUUUUCUUGUUUCUGGUUAUGCAGUUGAAUUUAAGAUCAUUUAAGGACAAACUGGGGUAUUAGCAAAAUGUUUACGCCGCAGAGGAAGGUGUGGUCGGGUUGGUCGUUGACUCCCGGGAAGAAAGUGGACGGGUCGGGUUCGGAUCCGAACUCCAACGGGGUUGCUGUAGGGAAAGGAAAAGGAGUGGCUUUUGUGGAGCCGGUGACUCCCAACGGAAACGGCCUUGGGUCGGAGGACCACGAAGGGGUGCCCGAGAAAGUUUUAAGACUGGAAAAUGAGCUUUUUGAUUACCAAUACAAUAUGGGGCUUCUCUUGAUUGAGAAAAAGGAGUGGACAUCUAAGUAUGAAGAACUCAGUCAGGCACUGACAGAAGCAAAGGAUGCUCUCAAACGGGAACAAGCAGCACAUUUAAUUGCAAUAGCUGAUGUUGAGAAGCAUGAAGAGAAUUUAAGGAAGGCCCUUGGUGUUGAGAAGCAGUGUGUGCUUGAUCUAGAGAAAGCUUUACGAGACAUGCGUUCAGAAAAUGCAGAAAUCAAGUUUACUGCAGAUUCAAAGCUUUCUGAAGCAAAUGCUUUGAUUGCUGGUGUUGAAGAGAAAUCUUUGGAGGUGGAGGCAAAAUUGCGUGCAGCUGAUGCUAAGCUUGCUGAGGUGAGUAGAAAGAAUUCAGAGAUUGAAAGGAAGUCACAAGAGGUGGAAUCUCGUGAAAAUGCACUUAGAAGGGAACGUCUAUCCUUUAUUUCAGAGCAAGAAGCAAAUGAGACUACUUUGUCCAAACAGAGGGAAGACUUGUGGGAAUGGGAAAAAAAAUUGCAAGAUACAGAAGAGAGGCUGGCCAAAAGCCAAAGAUAUGUCAACCAAAGAGAGGAGAGAGCAAAUGAGAAUGAUAGGCUCUUUAAGCUAAAGGAGAAAGACCUUGAAGAGGCGCAAAAGAAGAUUGAUGCUGCUAACCAAACUUUGAAGGAGAAAGAAGAGGAUAUAAACAGCAGGCUAGCAAAUCUAACUUUGAAAGUAAAGGAAUGGGAUGCUGUGAGAGAGAAGCUAGAGAUGAAAGAGAAGGAGUUACUCAUUAUCGAAGAAAAGCUUAAUGCAAGAGAGAAGGUUGAGAUUCAGAAGCUCCUGGAUGAACAUAAUGCCAUUCUGGAUGGCAGGAAGCAUGAAUUUGAGUUGGAAAUUGCUGAAAAGAGAAAAUCCUUAGAUGCAGAUCUGAAAAGCAAGGUGAUUGAAGUGGAGAAGAAGGAAGCUGAAGUCAAACACUUGGAAGAGAAGGUUUCUAAACGAGAGCAGGCAUUAGAUAAGAAAUUGGAGAAAUUCAAAGAGAAAGAAAAGGAAUUUGAAUUACAAGUGAAAAACCAUAAGGAAAGGGAGAAGGCCAUCAGAUCUGAGGUGAAGAAUUUAGAGAUUGAGAAGAAGCAGAUGCUUGCUGACAAAGAAGAUCUUUUGAGCCUGAAGGCUGAAGUUGAGAAGAUAAGGGUUGAAAAUGAAGAAAAGCUAUUAAAGAUGCAUGAGGAGAACGAUAGGCUUAGGGUAACUGAAGAAGAGAGGUCUGAGUAUCUUCGCUUGCAAUUGGAAUUAAAGGAAGAAAUAGAGAAAUGCAGGCUUCGUGAAGAACUGCUUUUGAAGGAAGCUGAAGAUUUGAAACGGCAAAAGGAGAGUUUUGAAAGAGAGUGGGAAGAGCUAGAUGAGAAAAGAUUAGAGAUUGAGAAAGAGUUGAAGAAUAUCAGCCAACAGACGGAGAAAUUUGAAAAGCAGAAACUUGCCGAAGAGGAAAGGUUAAAGAAUGAGAAGCAAGUGGCUGAGGACUACAUAAAGAGGGAGCUGGAAGCUCUUGAAGUUGCCAAAGAAACAUUUGCUGCCACAAUGGAACAUGAGCGAUCAGUGAUUGCUGAGAAAGCUGAAAGUGAGAGAAGCCAAAGGCUUCAUGACCUUGAGCUGCAGAAAAGAAAACUUGAGAGUGAUAUGCAGAAUAGAUUUGAGGAGAUGGAAAAGGAAUUGGGAGAGAGGAAGAAGUUAUUUGAGGAAGAAAAAGAGAGAGAAUUAGACAAUAUUAACUAUUUGAGAGAGGUAGCUAGGAGAGAAAUGGAAGAGUUGAAACAGGAAAGACUUAAGAUAGAAAAAGAAAAGCAAGAAGUUAAUGCUAGUAAGAUGCAUCUUGAAGGACAACAAAUUGAAAUACGAAAAGACAUUGAUGACCUUGUGGACCUCAGCAAGAAGUUGAAGGACCAGCGAGAACACUUUAUCAAGGAGAGAAACCGCUUUAUUUCAUUUGUUGAGAAACAUAAGAGUUGCAAGAAUUGUGGUGAGAUGACCUCUGAGUUUAUGCUAUCUGAUUUACAAUCCCUACAGCAAAUAGAGGAUGAGGAAGUCCUUCCACUUCCUAGUUUGGCAGGUGAUUAUAUGAGUGGAAAUGUUUUCAGAAAUUUGGCUGCAUCUAAGAGGCAGAAGGAUGAGAUAUCUCCACCAGUUGGUUCAGGAUCUCCAGUUUCUGGUGGAACCAUGUCAUGGCUUCGUAAAUGCACUUCGAAGAUAUUUAAACUCUCUCCAGGUAAAAAUAUUGAGCCUCAUGCUGUAACAGAAUUGAAUGUGGGGCCCCCCCUCUCUGGUGGGCAAGUUAAUAUGGAAGGCACAUCGAAUAUUGAACAUGAGCCGGAGCUCUCUUUUGCUGCUGCCACUGAAUCUUUGGACGUUCAUAGGGUCCAAUCUGACACCAGCACAAGAGAUGUCGAAGCUGGUCAGGACCUAUCAAUUGAUAAUCAGAGCAAUAUUGAUAGUAAGGAACUGGAAGUGCUGGGAGAUUCUCAGAAUUCUGAUUUUAAUCGUGGAAAUCAGCUUCGCAAGAGAGGCAGGCCUAGAGUUAAAAGAACACGCAGUGUGAAGGCAGUUGUCAAAGAUGCUGAGGCUAUACUUGGGAAAGCUUUAGAAUCAAAUGAGCUUGAGCAUCCAAAUGGGAAUAUGGAUUCUGGUCAUGCCAAUGCUGAAAGCAGGGAUGAAUCUGGUCUUGUUGAUGGAGGAAAAUCUAGAAAUGCACGGAAGCGGAACCAUGCUCAAACAUCUCAAAAAACAGAGAGUGAGCAAGAUGGUGUUGAUAGUGGACAUUCUGAUAGUAUUGUGGCAGGCCAGCAAAGGAAGAGGCGCCAAAAAGUUGUUUUGGCUAUGCCUACUCCUGGUGAGACAAGAUAUAAUCUCCGACGGCCCAAAACUGGGGUCACAGUUGCUAAAAGCACAUCUGAUGCGGAUAGAGAGAAUGAAGGUGCUAAAGAUGCAGGUGAUCAAGUUAACUAUUCAAAAGCUUCCAUGCCUGUUAGUGAAAAUGGAGAUGCAAGUGAGAAUGGUGGUUCUGCACACUUUCUGCAGCAGUGUGAGACAGCUCGGGACACUAAUGAUGGUGAUGCUGAUGCAACCAAAAAAUUGGCUGCAGAUGCAGCAUUAAGUGAGGAGGUGAAUACCACCCCUGAAGGGGUUGGUGAGUAUGGUGAUGGAAAUGACUGCAGAAGUGAUUCACGCAGUGAAGGGCUUAAAGAUGAGGAUGAGGAUGAGGAUGAUGAAGAGCAUCCUGGUGAAGUCUCGAUGGGAAAGAAGCUCUGGAAUUUUUUCACCACAUAAUAAUGGCAAAACUCAUUCCUAGUUUGGCAAAUUUCAGUGAGAUCUUUGAUUGUAUCAGCUUUUUUAGGUUUGCUGGUAGGAACGGCUUGAUCUAGUAGUGUGUAUUAACAAUCUUAAUGUAGUUAUAACCACAAUCUUAAUUCAGGUGGGAGAUUGGGUUUUCUGCCCCCUUCUUUUUCUUUUGUUAGGGUUUAGGAUCUUGGGGCUUUUUAUAUUCUUUUGUACUACAGUCCUAGAUGAUUUGAUGUAGCAAUGACCAGUGCAUAUUUAAUGCUGGACUGGCUUCCUCAACCAAAUUGUUUGUAUCAAAUGGUACUUGUAUUUUUCAUUGUUGCAGGAAUUAUUGUUUGA